AUGGCUGAUCCCUUUGGCGUCACAGCCGUCGCACUCUCCGCACUCAAGAUAGUACACGUCCUCCACGGCAUCAUCACCGAUCUCAAAGAAGUUCCGAAUCAACGUUUAGCCCUUUCAAACGAGACUUGCAACCUCAAGUUUGUGCUCGAUUCGGUGCAGGACCUGACGCGUUGCCAAGAUACGGCUGAGAGCUUUGAUCGCCAGCUUGGCCCGUUGUUGUUCCAGGCUCGGGUGAAGCUUGAUCAGCUCGAGAAUACUGUUUCGAAGUGGUGCAAAACCAAUUACUGGGGUGACAAGGUUGAGAUCAAGCUCUCUGGUCGCAUUGGUUGGCGGGGGCGAUCGUCCAAGGCGUGGCAGCUGCAGCAAGAGAUUUGCGAGAUUCGAACCAAUUUGACUGUCCUGAGCGAAGCUAAUUCCCCUUCGGUAUCGACGCGUCUCUCGGUCGAGAUCGAGCAGCUCUAUUCAGAGACCGCUAGGAUAUAUCGUCGUCAUUCCGACUCACUCGAUUCGAUAUCUGAUCAGAUAUCGCCAAUCUCUACCAUCCACGACAACUCUCAAGAAAGCGUGGAGCUUCUGCGGAGAGCCAUCACACUCCUCGAGCGGACUAGCCUGUCUGCAGGAAUGGACUCGGAGGCCACCGUGGUUCCUCUGCCACCUUCUCCAGAGGGUGGUGCAGCAAGAGUCCGAUUUCUUGGUCCAGAACCCGUUUCAGGGGCCGUUAUUGUGCAGGAGCCAGAGUCAGUGUCACCGACACUGCUUGCUCUACCAAUGAGCCGAGUCUCCCCAAAAGGGCUGUCUUGCGCUCCCGACUGCAAAUGUGCUUGUCACUCUCGCCGUACCUUUCAGGUAAUCCCUGCCCUGGAAACAGUCAUUGGGAGACUUUUCGUUGGGUACAGCGGACUGUCUGUUCGAAAUCAAAGCUGUGACUUGGAGACAUGCCAGCAGAAGCAAGGAACGCCUUCUCUAAACAUCAAAGUUCGAAGACCGUGCUCGGAGGCAAACCGACUCUUCGCCCUGAGUCGAUGUGAGGGUGUUGAUGGUAUUAAGGAAUUGUUCUCAACAAGAGCUGCUUCUCCAGAUGAUCUUGACUACAGGGCCGGAUGGACAUCAUUGCAUUUUGCGAUCGACCACGGAUGCCUGAAAGUUUGCAAGUUCCUUCUUGACUGUGGUGCUGACCCAGAGUGGGAGGACAAUACUGGAACGUCCCCUGUUGAAGUUGCUUGGCGCAAUAUCCUUCAUCUGAAGGCGCCGCCUAAGCUAGCUGAAGCUUACGCCGUCCUCUUCCCCGGAACCGAGUACCUUCAAGAGAGAAGAUUCACACACAUUCACAACAUCGUCAUUGGCCUCGAGGACGGAAACCUUGAGGACGCCCUUGCGGUUGACGAUUCACUUGUCAACGAGAAAGAUAUUGAUGGAUGGACACCACUUCACUGGGCUGCAAGAAGAGGUAACAGCUAUGCCGUUGCAGUUUUGCUUGCUCAUGGUGCAGAUCCUUUUCUUCUCACCAAUAACGAGAACUGGGGGCCUUUGCAUCUGGCCGCUCAGAGCACGUCUGCACUCUCUGACUACAAGGCCAAGACCAACGCUGGCAAUACGAUUCUGCACCUGUCUGCCAAUGUUGGAGAGAUCCCAAUGCUUAGCAUCUUGGCGAAAGCACGUAUGUACGGACUCGAUCUGGAUGCUCGAAACUGUGAUGGUCACACGCCUGCCAAAAAGGUGGAACUACGCGAUGAAGUCCCUCAAGGCUUCCGUCGAGCUUGGGACAGGCUCAUACAAAGUAUCGUGAACAAGGAUUUUGAUGCUGGAAGCUGGGCGACCACACCAGCUAGUGGGAACGAGAGCUGGUAUAGUUUUGAUGAUAUGAGUUGGUACGAAGCGGAGGCGGUGGUGCAAGAGGAUGUCAAGAAUGCCGAAAAGGAACAGGAAGAGGAGGAGGAUCGGGAUAAGGAGGCUGAGAGGGCGACUACCCCUGAGAGUGAGCCGAAGGUGACUGAAGAGGAGAUGGUGAAGGAACUGUCGAAGAGGCUCGAGGAGGCAUAUUGA